UCGCCUUCGCUUCUCAGAGGAUAGCCGGCUAGAAAGCGACCGACGGCUUCCAUUUCUUGAAACAAGGUACCAUUCGUCGAGAACCGUUUGCAUCUCGAAAAUCAUCUCGAAAAUCAUGAUUUGGGACAUAUUCCCUUUUCUCUUCCCUUUUUUUCUCAAAGUUAAAGGUGGAGUAAGGUUACAGUUUUGACGUGCAAUUGAUUCGACAGACACCAACAUUGGGAUUAUUGCUUGUUUGGGCUAAUUUCAUGGUUCUUUCGUGUUGGUUGGUUCGUAGAAAUGCUUCCUAGAAUCAGAUUUCUGAUGAGUUCUCGAUGUUUCGGUUUGCAAAGAAGAAUCCAAGUCGAUGAUAGUGUUGUUUAUCGCUUAAAUUUAUUGUUGGUUAAUCGUUUCAAUGGGUUCUCUAGCUGGAGUGUAUCUUCAGACCUCCCCGAUUGGUUCAAAUAUGCUGGAGAUCAAGGCGCCAACGAUUCGAAUGACGACUUUUUUGUGCUUCCUGGAGACGACGGGAAACUUGGAGGCAGGAUUGGUCGUUUGAGGGUUUUUGGCAAUGAAACUGAUUCCAGAACCACGCUUCAAUCGGGUUUGGAUGAUUAUGUGGAGAAGAUAAGCAGGGUUCUUCGGCGUAAUUUGGAUUCUCAUGAAGCGACUGUGAGAGAUUUGGAUGGUUGUGGAAUUGAUAUUUCGAAAGAGUUGGUUGACAGAGUACUCAAAAGAUUUAGCAAUGAUUGGAAAUCGGCAUUGAGUUUUUUCAGGUGGGUUGGUUCCCAAAGGAAUUACAGUCACGACGCAGAUUCGUAUAAUGCAAUGGUCGACAUACUUGGAAAAAUGAAGCAGUUCGAUGAAAUGUGGGAUUUGGUUGAGGAAAUGAAUCAACAAAGUGGUUUUAUCUCUCUGGUAACAAUGAGUAAGAUUAUGAGAAGGUACGCAGGUGUUCGUAAAUGGAGGCGCGCAGUGGAUGCAUUCAAUGAGAUGGAGCGAUUCGGCUUGAAGAAGGAUACUGCUGCCAUGAAUGUGCUGUUAGAUACUCUCUGUAAGGAGCGUAGAGUCGAGCGUGCAAGGGAGGUAUUUCUAGAGCUUAAGAGUAAGAUACAGCCUGAUGCUCAUACAUUCAACAUUUUGAUUCAUGGUUGGUGCAAAGCUCAGCGGCUAGACGAGGCUGAGUGGACUAUGGAGGAGAUGGGGAGGCAUGGUUUUCGUCCAUGUGUAGUUUCCUAUACUAGUAUAGUUGAGGAAUAUUGCCGCAUGAAAAAUUUUCAGAAGGUUGAUUCUCUUCUAGAUGAGAUGCAAGCUAAAGGCUGCCCUCCAAACGUUGUUACUUACACCAUAGUAAUGCAUGCUUUAGGGAAGGCAAAAGAGACUGACAGUGCCCUUCAAAUAUUUGAAAGGAUGAAGAGAAAUGGUUGUUCCCCUGAUACAUCCUUCUUUAACUCUUUGUUAUAUAUUAUGGGGAGAGCUGGUAGACAAGAGGAUGCAAGACGUGUCCUUGAUGAGAUGAUUAAUAGUGGGAAUUCACCGAACAUAACAACGUAUAAUACUCUAAUUUCAAUAGCGUGUUUGCAUUCACAAGAAGAAUAUGCUAUUAAACUUUUGCAGACAAUGGAGAGGAGCUCCUGCAAGCCUGAUCUUCAAACUUAUGCUCCAUUGCUGAAACUUUUCUGUUGGAGGAAGUGGAUGAAAGUCCUUGCAUAUUUAAUUCAUGACAUGCAUGAGAAAGAUAUAAGCCUUGAUCUUGGGACAUAUACUCUUCUAAUACGUGGACUUUGUGGGGUCAAAAAGCUGACGCAUGCAUGCUUGUUUUUUGAGGAAAUGGUACUUAAAGGGCAUGUCCCCAAGUAUCGUACCUACCAGUUAUUGAUGGAGGAACUAGACAAAAAUGGUAUGUGGAAAAAGAAAGAAAUAAUUCAGCAAUGGAUGGCACAAGCAGAAGGUAAAAAGAAACUAGGUUGUUCAAGGGUGCAGGGAAUAUAAUGCUAUUGUGCUGGUUAUUCCCCAGUCAGAGAAGCAUGCUCCUCCUCCACAUGGUUGUAAUCUGUAACUUGCAAUAAUUUAUCAAUUUAUGUUUAGAGUCUUUAGACAACAUACAAUUACAAAUAUUUGAAAUAGACUUCGCUUUAUUUUCAUCUUUGAACAUGCUACUGUUAUUGGUAUAACGGAAGCUCAACGACUUUUGCUGGACUGCCUGGAAGGUUGCAUAAAAAAAAACUUUUCAGCUCUGAUAAAAUUGAGAAUCGGUCAGGGUUGUUUGUAUUUCAGCUUUUGCUAGCAUGUCACUAGAGUCCAAGAAAAAUUUUCUCCAUCUUAUACUCUUCUAAUGUACAUGUUCCUUUGUCUCAAUGGUCUUCUGAAUUGAUGUUUGUAGGACCGCCAAGAAGAAAUGAUCUGUUCAGAUGUAAAAUCACUUUUCUCUAUUGCAAACUUGAGUCUCUAAUUGUCAUCCCGUUCCAAUUGGAAUUUUCUUGAAUAUGGGGCUUACAUUAUUGCUACAGUCUGAAAGUAUAACUUGACCAUGACAUUUGCAACUAGUGUGAUACCGAAGGCUUCCUCGUUGUGAUUGGAAAUUUCAAAUGCUUAUUUGUGAAUCUGUGCAGGAUGAUU